AUCCGCCACGCCACGCCAUUCUGUCCGCACAAGUCCGUGGAACAGUCAGUUGGCCUUCCGUUCUUGACGGUAUUAUUGUAUUAAUUCGGGGCGAUUAUAUCUUGUGAGCAAGGUUCUCGUGGCUUCUGUAACAUGGCGGCAGCUAGCAAACCAUUGACAAACUGUUGUAACUGUCACAAACCUCUCAGUGGUUAUUAAAUAUAUACAAAUAUCUGUUUUGACGGUGCUGAAUUCCCUAAUUUAAAAAGUUAGCUCGUGAAUGCCGUGUGUCGGAAAUUCUUCCAACGACAUGUUACAGUUGAUAAACCUCCCCGACGUUGUUCUAGAAACAAUUUUGUCUAACCUAACAUACGAUGAAAUCGCUAGAAACAGAACGGUUUGCAAGCAGUUUGAUCGAACUUGUAAAAAGCUUCUGAAUCGAGGCUUCAACCUGAUGGAAAAGUACCAUGCUCAAUGCCUAAGAGCAGUAAAAUGUCAACUGCCCAGAAGGGAAUCAGAGAGACGAAGUCACCCUUUGGCCCGUCACUGUGAUAUACUAACAGCUAUAGAAACUAGGAUUUCUAUGCUAUCAAUGACUUUCAUCAAAUAUGUCGACUUGAACCUGUGCUGUUUUAUUCCUGGAAAAGUUAUCGAUGAGAUAUUCCGCGUCCUCCGGUUAAUACGUGACGCAAAAACCCCACCGAGAGCUCAUGAGAUUCUGCAAGAGUUGCGAGAUAUCAGCAGCAUGGCAAUGGAACAUUUUGAUGAAAAAAUAUUGCCAAAAUUGAAGCACAGCAUUUGCACAUCUGUUGUGAGUCACGUAGGUACUUAUGACCUGCCAAACGCAAGCCUGAUGAUAUCACAUCAUACCAAUAGCGGGAAUAUUACACUGGCACAUGGUUUGAGUCCUGAGAAAUUGAACCAAACAUUUCGCAAGAUACAAAGUCGGGCGAAAAGAAAUUACAUUUCUGUUAUGUCAGUGAGAAGUAAGAUAAACAAACUUAAAUUGAGGUUGAAGAGGCAGGGUUUUCAGAUGCGGAGACAGAAUAUCAAGAUACAGGAACAAGGAAAAAAGCUUCGUGAACAAGACACUCUGAUAGCGGAGAUGAAGAAGCACCUUGAAGAGUGGGAACAAAAGAUAGGUGACUUAAAAGCUGAACUGAGUAGGUCCAGGGAAGAAACGCAAAAGCCUGACACCAUAGAAACCUGCAAAAGAAAGCAUAUCGAUAGACUCAAGUCUCGAGAGUCGGUCCGAGUACAAAGUAAAAAUCUUCAAGCUAAGAAGAGGAAAUUGAUUGUCGAACGUAAAUCAUCGACUAGCCCAAAAGAUGUUCAGUUUAAAAAGUUUUUAUCAGACCUGUUGGAUACGGAACAUAUGGAGGAUGAGAUUCCAUCUACGUCCAACUAAUAAUCCAUGGUUAAUUGUGUUCACUUAUGUAAAAAGAAGCUUCUUUAAAAAUUCAACAAUUUGUAUUUAAUCAAUAUUUAUGAAACGUGAACAAGACUGAUUAUUCUUUGUGCUGUUGUGUAAAUGGUAUUUUUUAGAGAUUGUUUUUUUCUUUGUUAUUUCUUUAAUUCUCUUGAUUUGUUAAAUAAUAUAAAUACAUUAUUGCUGUAAAAAUGCAUUGUUUAACUAAUUAUCUCUUAAUUUUCUCACAAAUUUUUGCUCACUUUCAUUACUCAUAGGGUUAAUUUAGUUUAUUUUAUAUCAGUAAAAAAUAGAGCCUGUAUCGAAGAAUAUGAGCAAUGGGGUUCUGUCAUAGAAGUCACUUUGAACUUUUUCAGUACAGUAAACCUAUUUGAAAGA